AGGAUACCGUGGAGGAGCGUGUCAUCAAUGAAGAAUAUAAAAUCUGGAAGAAGAAUACACCGUUUCUGUAUGACCUGGUUAUGACCCAUGCUCUUCAGUGGCCCAGUCUUACAGUUCAGUGGCUUCCUGAAGUGACUAAACCAGAAGGAAAGGACUAUGCUCUUCACUGGCUAGUGCUGGGGACCCACACUUCUGAUGAGCAGAAUCAUUUGGUGGUUGCUCGAGUUCAUAUUCCGAAUGAUGAUGCACAGUUUGAUGCUUCCCACUGUGACAGUGAUAAGGGAGAAUUUGGCGGCUUUGGUUCUGUAACAGGAAAAAUUGAAUGUGAAAUUAAGAUUAAUCACGAAGGAGAAGUGAACCGUGCUCGUUACAUGCCGCAGAAUCCUCAUAUUAUUGCUACAAAAACUCCAUCAUCUGACGUGUUGGUUUUUGACUAUACAAAGCACCCUGCUAAACCAGACCCAAGUGGAGAAUGUAAUCCUGAUCUUCGUUUAAGAGGUCACCAAAAGGAAGGCUAUGGUCUUUCCUGGAACUCUAACUUGAGUGGACAUCUCCUGAGUGCUUCUGACGACCAUACUGUCUGCUUAUGGGAUAUAAAUGCAGGACCAAAGGAAGGCAAAAUUGUGGAUGCAAAAGCGAUCUUCACUGGCCAUUCAGCUGUGGUGGAAGAUGUGGCCUGGCAUCUGCUCCACGAGUCUCUCUUUGGAUCUGUUGCUGAUGACCAGAAGCUUAUGAUAUGGGACACCAGGUCCAACACCACCUCCAAGCCAAGCCACUUGGUGGAUGCGCAUACAGCUGAAGUCAACUGCCUGUCAUUCAACCCUUACAGCGAGUUCAUUCUAGCAACGGGUUCUGCAGAUAAGACGGUUGCUUUAUGGGAUCUGCGCAAUUUAAAAUUGAAACUCCAUACCUUUGAGUCGCAUAAAGAUGAGAUUUUCCAGGUCCACUGGUCUCCACAUAACGAGACCAUUCUGGCUUCCAGUGGUACUGAUCGCCGCCUCAAUGUGUGGGAUUUAAGUAAAAUUGGAGAAGAGCAGUCUGCAGAAGAUGCAGAAGACGGACCUCCGGAACUCCUGUUUAUUCACGGAGGACACACUGCCAAGAUAUCAGAUUUCAGUUGGAACCCCAAUGAGCCUUGGGUCAUUUGCUCCGUGUCUGAGGAUAACAUCAUGCAAAUAUGGCAAAUGGCUGAAAAUAUCUACAAUGAUGAAGAGUCAGAUGUCACAGCAUCAGAACUGGAGGGGCAAGGAUCUUAA